UAGCGCGACGGGGCCGGCAGAGAGGUAUCGAGCUGCGGCGAGAUGGACGGCGGCGGCGGCGGGGUGGGGAGGAGCAGGAAGACGGCGGAGCGGGAGCUGGAGAGGCUGAGGGCGGAGAGGGAUGAGCUAGACAUCCGCAUACGACUGCUGGAGUCGGAGCUCCAGACCGGCUCCGCCGCCCCUGCCUCGCCCGCAGGAGAGGACGCGUGCGGCGGCGCGUGCCAGGCCCGCCGUGGAUUCGCGCAGGAUGACGCCCUCCCGGCGGACAUGAUCUAUCGGUACAGCCGCCACCUCCUCCUUCCCGACUUCGGAGUCCAAGGCCAGCGGAAGCUCUCCGGCUCGUCGAUUUUGGUGGUCGGCGCCGGAGGAUUGGGCUCGCCCGUAGCGCUGUAUCUAGCAGCUUGUGGUGUUGGGGUCUUGGGCAUUGUUGAUGGUGAUGAUGUUGAGCUUAACAACCUCCAUCGACAGAUAAUCCACCAAGAAGCAUAUAUUGGAAGAUCAAAAGUGAAGUCAGCAGCUGAUGCUUGCCGUGCGAUUAAUUCAUCUAUUCAGGUGGUAGAGCAUCAUCAUACUUUGAAACCAAGCAAUGCCUUGGAGGUUGUGACAAAAUAUGACAUAGUUGUUGAUGCAACAGACAACCUUCCUACUCGGUACAUGAUCAGUGAUUGUUGUGUAUUGCUAAACAAGCCUCUUAUAUCUGGUGCAGCAUUAGGUUUAGAAGGACAGCUGACUGUUUAUCAUCAUAAUGGAAGUCCAUGCUACCGGUGUCUUUUUCCAAAUCCACCACCCGUGGCAGCUUGCCAGAGAUGCUCGGACAGCGGUGUUCUUGGGGUUGUUCCGGGAGUAAUUGGCUGCAUGCAAGCUCUAGAGGCUAUAAAGGUUGCAACUGGUGUUGGUGAACCUCUAUCUGGAAGAAUGCUACUCUUUGAUGCAUUAUCUACUCGUAUUAGAAUCGUUAAGAUUCGAGGAAGCUCGCCUGUUUGCAGCAUAUGUGCUGAAAAUUCUGUUUUCACGCAAGAAGAUUUUCAGAAGUUUGAUUAUGAGAGCUUCACACAAUCCCCGAUGUCUGACAAGUCGGCGCCGAGCCUGAACCUGCUACCAGAGAGUGCCCGCAUCACUUGCACAGAGUACAAAAGUCUGAUCGACAAGGGCGAACCUCAUGUGCUGCUGGAUGUACGGCCCGCUCAUCACUUCCAAAUAGUUUCACUUCCUCGGUCUCUGAAUAUACCACUCUCUGCUCUGGCGGAGAAACUGCCUAUGCUCGAGACCUCACUGAAGAAGAUGAUGGAUUCCUCGGACGGACAACCUGCUGUGUACGUGGUCUGCAGGAGAGGCAAUGACUCGCAGAGUGCCGUGCAGCUUCUUCGUGAGAAGGGCUUUCAUUCCACGAAGGACAUAGUCGGUGGCCUCCAGUCUUGGGCACAUGACGUCGAUCCCGAGUUCCCCGCGUAUUAGCAAGUGGGGUUUAGGCUUUGUGCUGAAGUUUCAGCGUUUGUAUUGAACGUGGACGUGGAGGUCGAGACAAUUGUUUUUCAUGUCGUUGGACUAUCA